GGAACAUCGUCAAAUCAGACCGAAGUGAACCAUGAAUACAAAAAUCUGCAUAACGACACUGCAACCAACAGUAUCUCAAACAAGUAAAAGCAACAGCCAGAGAAGAUUGAGAAGUUAGAGAGCGAGAGAGAGAAAGAGAAGCAUCAAAAGAUAACUACUUUUAUAGCGGAAAGCAAAGAGGAAGCAAAACAGAGAGAGAGGGAGAGAUGGGUUGGUCGGUAAAUCAACAGGUAGAGAUAGGAAGGGGAAAGAGAAGUCGCAUUUGGGGAGGAGCAUUCCUGUUUUGGGUUUUCCUCAUGUUUGCCACACCCAAGAUCCCUCUUUCCAACCAUCAUCAUCAUUUCGCUGACAUGCGCAAUUUCUUUGGGGUUCCCAACACUUUGAAUGUGAUCACCAAUUUCCCUUUUCUGAUUGUGGGUGUUGUGGGUUUUAUCCUUUCUCUUCAAGGAUACUUCUUUAAUAUAAGCUUGCGAGGAGAGGUUUGGGGUUGGGUGCUUUUCUUUGGAGGAAUAGUAGGCGUCGCUUUUGGGUCUGCUUACUAUCAUCUCAAACCCGAUGACAGUAGAGUCAUUUGGGACACCUUGCCGAUGAUGAUAGCAUAUUCUUCACUUUUUUCCAGUUUUGUUGUGGAAAGAGUGGGGCAACGUGUCGGAUUAACUUGUUUGUUUGGGAUGCUAUUUGUUGUUUUACUUAGCACAGCUUAUGCAAGAAUAUUUAAUGAUCUUCGGUUGUGCAUGAUGUUCCAGUUGAUUCCAUGCAUAGCCAUACCGGGCAUGACCUUUCUGUACCCGCCCAAAUAUACACACUCAAUAUAUUGGCUAUGGGCAGCAGGGGUUUAUCUUCUAGCCAAGUUUGAAGCUGCUUUCGACAGGAAAAUAUACCAUGCAAAUCUUUACUUUAUCAGUGGACAUUCCUUGGAACACUUGUGCUCAACAGUGAUUCCUGUUUUGUUUGCUAUUAUGCUCAUGUAUAGAAACAUUAGCAUCCAGAGAUUAAGUGACUUGAAAGAGCGUCCUUGAAGACUGUACAGAGACAAAGAAGACAUUUCUAAGUUAUGCAGCCAGCAGGUACACAAGAAAUCAAUAUAGGAGGAGACGGUAGAUGCAGCGAAUGAUCUGUUAUUGCACUUACAGGGUUUCUGAAGAAUUUGAUGAAUCAUAUUCUACCUUUUUUUUAUUAUAUUCAUUCUUUUGAAAUGUGGUGUUUAACCAGAAAUGAAAUUUUACAAGAAAAUUUCACUUGGAUAGUAUUUGCUUUGGCCAGUGAGCAUCCCAUAAAAAUGCUUGAGGUCAUGUGUCAGUGGCUUGAAGUUCAGGAUUCUCGUAUUUUUCCUAGUAGCAAUCAAUAUGAAUGCAAGGACCUGAAUCUAUUGAAUA